CAGAGACAGAUUUUCCGCCGAGUUGGGCCUCUCUCCUUACUUCUUCCUCUCUGCUCGUAGUAUUUAGAGGCGAUCAUAGUGCAAAGGGUUCAACUCAUAUGUAUUCUUGCAUGAAACGCUCCAUACCUGCUUGCGUUGCGUACGAGAAUUUAUAAUACUGCUACUUAUUCUAUUUCAUCAUGUCUCAUUACGAAGAAGUAAAGGUCCAUGGUUAUGAUGAAUUCUGCAAAGCAGUGUCUGAGAGGAAAGGAAAGGACAUAUUCGCAUAUUUCUCUGGUGAUAAAGACGCUCAAGGGAUGAGUUGGUGUCCAGAUUGUGUGAAAGGUAAUAUAGUUAUUAUUUUAUGGCUGUAAUAAUUUGUAUUUGACACAUAUAGCAGUUGGCUUUCUAUUCCAGCUAUCUGUCAUAAUGCGUCAGUAUCUGCUGCGUUAUGGUCGGCAAUUCAUUGUAGCCAAGCCGACUAUUCUCUCUGUAAUGUGUUUACUGGGGAUGCUCGUCUUAUACUCUAUUUUCUGUAUUAUUUUAGGAAGUUGUAGCUGUUGUGUGAUUUAUUGCGUGCAUAAAUCAAAGCCACACAGAUUUGCCAGCUUUGUUCUCCUCUUUCCCCUCCAGCUGAGCCAGUUGUUAGAGGAGAGAUGUCCCACCUUCCCGAGGGCUCUGUCUUCAUCUACUGUCAGGUUGGAGAGAGGCCAUAGUAUGUUCUCGACUUUUUCUUUAUAUUCACUGGUGAUGAAAGCAGAAUGAUAGUGCUGUGCAAUCCACAGGCAAUAGAAAAUAAGUAUUUUUCUUACCCUCAAAUGCAGCUAGUAGUUUUGAAAAGCUUAGAUAAAUUGUGCAAGUUGUAACAUCAUUAAUUUUUGGCUCUCUCGGACAGCAUAUUUGAAUUGAGCAAAAUACACUGAACAAAAAUAUGAACGCAACAUGUUUCAUGAGCUGAAAUCAAAGAUCCCAGACAUUUUCCAUACGCACAAAAAGCUUAUUUCUCUCAAAUUUUGUGCACAAAUGUGUUUACAUCCAUGUUAGUGAGCAUUUCUCAUUUGCCAAGAUAAUCCAUCCACCUGACAGGUGUGGCAUAUCAAGAAACUGAUUAAACAGCAUGAUCAUUACACAGGUGCACCUUGUGCUGGGGACAAUAAAAGGCCACUCUAAAAUGUGCAGUUUUGUCACAAAAGACAGGAAUGUCCACCAGAACUGUUGCCAGAGAAUUUUAUGCUAUCUGUUCAACCAUAAGCCACCUCCAACGUUGUUUUAGAGAAUUUGGCAGUACGUCCAACUGGCCUCACAACCACAGACCACGUGUAUGGCGUUGUGUGGGUGAGCGGUUUGCUAAACAGAGUACCCCAUGGUGGCAGUGGGGUUAUGUCGUGGGCAGGCAUAAGCUACGGACAACGAACACAAUUGGAUUUUAUUGAUGGCAAUUUGAAUGCACAGAGAUACCGUGACGAGAUCCUGAGGCCCAUUGUCCUGCCAUUCAUCCGCCGCCAUCACCUCAUGUUUCAGCAUAAUAAUUUACGGCCCAAUGUCGCAAGGAUCUGUACACAAUUCCUGGAAGCUGAAAAUGUCCCAGUUCUUCCAUGGCCUGCAUACUCACCAGACGUGUCAUCCAUUGAGCAUGUUUGGGAUGCUCUGGAUAGACGUGUAUGACACCGUGUUCCAGUUCCUGCCAAAAUCCAGCAGCUUCACACAGCCAUUGAAGAGGAGUGGGACAACAUUCCACAGGCCACAAUCAACAGCCUGAUCAACUCUAUGCGAAGGAGAUGUUGUGCAGCAUGAGGCAAAUGGUGGUCACACCAGAUACUGACUGGUUUUCUGAUCCACGCCCUACCUUUUUUAAAAGUAUCUGUGACCAACAGAUGCAUAUCUGUAUUCCCAGUCAUGUGAAAUCCAUAGAUUAGGGCCUAAUUAAUUUAUUUCAAUUGACUGAUUUCCUUAUAUGAACUGUAACUCAGUAAAAUCUUUGAAAUUGUUGCAUGUUGCAUUUAUAUUUUUGUUCAGUGUACAAUGCACAAAAUUAUACAUUUUAACUAUGUCUGACUUUUGUAUUUUGCUUAAUUUACCUUUUCAUCUUUGACCAGUUGGAAGGAUCCCAAUAAUAAGUUCAAGAAGACUCUGAAGCUCAGUGGAGUUCCUACUCUGAUCCGAUAUGGCACGGUGAGCAUAAGUGCAUGGCAAGGUCACAAAUAAAAUAAUUUCUAGUAUAGUGAUCGAUUUGCAAAUUGCCUUUCAAAGGAGAAAAAAGUGUGGCUUUUUCUUUGGAUUUUGUGGCAACACUCAAAGGCUCCUAAAAGCGUUGAUUAUUAUUUUAUAGAUAGUCAAUCUGUAAUUUGAAAAAAAACUGUUAUAACACAUUGGUGAGGUUGUUAUUACAUUUACAUUUACGUCAUUUAGCAGACGCUCUUAUCCAGAGCGACUUACAGUUAGUGCAUACAUUAUUAUAAAAAAUAAAAAAAUCAUACUGGCCCCCCGUGGGAAUCGAACCCACAACCCUGGCGUUGCAAACACCAUGCUCUACCAACUGAGCUACAUCCCUGCCGGCCAUUCCCUCCCAUACCCUGGACGACGCUGGGCCAUUCUAGAUAAAAUAUACCUUCAGGGAAAGUCUUACCAAAACAUGCUAAGUUCUGUUUCUUUUCCUCCAUCAUCUAAUUCAGCCUCAGAAGCUGGUUGAAGAGGAGUGCUUCAAAGCUGACCUGGUGAGGAUGAUGUUCACCGAGGACUAGAGGACCACAGAGGACUACACUCGCCCUACACUUGGUCAUCUUCCAUUUCCCACUGUCCUGUCUCUUUCCUGAGAUCCAGCCCCAGCCCAGGCACUUUUUGACUACACUAGAUUGAAUAGGAAUGAUUGUUUCUUUGGAAUUCAAAUACACUCUCCUCUCCCUCUCACUGCGAGGCAGUGUUAAUCAGUGAAUGUGUUGCUAUUCUUAUAUGGAAAUAAAAAACAACUAUAACAUAACCAGAGGCCUUGGUAGAGCUAGCUGACUGAUUUUAUAAUUUGAUGUUUAAUGUAGUAAAUUAAAUAGAAGAGUUAUCAUAACAUAGCCCACUUUUGACAAAUAUCUUAGAUUGCCCUAAGUGGUAGGCAGCCUACUCCUAGAAUGUGAUGUGCCAGACGAAUUGUGUCAAAUGAAUUGAAUCUCAUCAAUUGAUGAUUCUUAUUCCUUACUUAUGGCAGAAAUCUAUAGGGUGAAGAUAUCAACUGAAACAUUACCUGUUAUACUGUGAUUGGCGUGUUGUUGUGUAGAACUUAGUCAAGUGAAAUAAAUGAUGGUUGGAUGACAAAAUAAAUAUGUGUAAAAUAGUUUGUCUAUAGUGCAGUUCAUUUUGUGAGACGCUAGG